AUGUCUAUGGUUCAAAUUACUCGUAAAUUUGGGGAUCAAAUUUACUUAGUUGAAUUACAAGCUACGGUCGAAAAGAUGUCAGAAACAUUGGAUAUAGGAACCCUUGAAAUAGUUAAGGAAAACAAUAAAAAAAAAGCUGCUAUUUACGUAGGAAAUCAAUGCAUGGAAGGUGUUGUUGAAACUUUGCAAAAGCCUUUAGCUGUUUUACAAAAAUCGCGUGUUGGAGACGAUGAAUCGCCCGCUCAUGGAUUGAACAUUGUUUCUAUUAUUAAAGAAAGAAUUAGAUUUAGUUCUCGUCCUUUACCUGUGAAACUUUAG